UCAUGUAUUCAAACAAUGCUAAUAGUUUUUUUAAAUGUUUUUUAUUUUUAUUAUUUUGCAGUUCCACACAAGGAGAAAUAUCCAUUAGUCGUAGAAGGAGAAUUUCAAAUUACAAAUAUUCCGUACACGAUAGGCUUUGUGGAUAGAAACUCCACUGAGUUUUUAGCACUGAGUGCCAAUAUCACGACUCAGUUAGAUGACACGUUCAGAAACAGUGAACUGUCACCGUGGUAUGAUGGCUGUGAGGUGAUCGAUCUAAGCCCCGGUCAAGCAAAAGGCGUUCAAGUACAGUGCGAGAUCAAGUUCUCUCAAGAACCCGAGUCUGCGAUCGGCAUUGGGCAGAUCGGCAUUGCGUUCCUCAAAACUCUUCGCAUACAGCAUGGGCAUACUUGGUUAGGAAACUACAGCGUGGAUGUUCAAUCCAUUGGAUUCCAAAUGAGUGGCGAGUUGGGCGUGUGGACUGAUUGGUCAGAAUGGAGCGGCUGUGAAGAUCCCGGAGACUAUGUAGCUACCAGGACCAGGAAAUGUUUGACUCGGGACACACGAGAACCGACAAGCGUGGACCGGUGUCUGCUCAUACCGGGCAACAAGAGUGAUCUGGACCUGAUGCCCUGUCGGAUAUAUUUGUCACAAAACUCGGACCUCGAUGAAUAUUUCACAGUCCCGCCACCGAUUUCGACAUCAACAAGCAAGGAAGUUAUCGAACAGGCACCGACAAACAAAGUCGCUGAAAAUGUUGAAGAUAAUUGGAUUUGUGAUGAAUGCAAAGAAGACGAAGUCUGUUUGGCCGACCGUGACGAAGGUAUUCUGCAGUGUUUACCAAGUUUAGAUACAAAGGAUUUAACUGGAUGUGGGGGUCGAUGUGGUAUAAACACCCAGUACUGUCAAAAUAUUCAUAGAAAUGCGUAUACUUGUGUGGAUACGUCGCCGUGCUCUAAAAAUGAGUUUGAGUGUGGAAACCGCAUGUGCGUAUCGGAUAAGGCGAAGUGUAAUGGUAUUUACGAUUGUUUAGACCAGACAGACGAAAAAGAUUGUCCAUGUGAUCUCGACACACAUUUCCGAUGUGGCAUUCAAUGUUUGCUUAAGACGAAAAUGUGCGACGGCGUGUCGGACUGUUGGAAUGGCCACGACGAGCUUAAUUGUACCCAUUGCGAAGAUGGUAAAUUUGCUUGUAAUUCAAACGAUGAGUGUGUGAGCUACGAUCAUUUUUGCGAUGCAUACGCAGACUGUACAGACAAGUCUGACGAACCGUUAGGAUGUGAAGGGCCUUGCAGGAGUAAUGAGAAAGCUUGCAGAAAUGGCCGGUGUGUAAAAAUUCAUACGCUUUGUGAUGAAACAGAAGACUGCGGAAAUAAAUCUAUCAAUAAAACUAAUUGUUAAUUAGUAAAAUUAAAAAAAAAAAAAUAUGUAAAUUGAAACUUUUAUUUAAGUACCUAUAUAUUUUGUAUUUGUUGUAUGUUGU